ACAUUCUUAAUCAGUCUGCAGUUGUUUUCUGAAUCUCGUGAGUAAAUCCAUUCGAUCUAAUCGAAAUGAAAUCAUUUCUUGUUGUGUCAUUCUGCUUGGCAUUUGUGGCCGGCGUGCCAAUAGAAAUAUACGAAGAUGACGGAGGAAACGAGUAUUAUAUAGUUCCCAUUAGUCGUGUGAGAAGGGACACAAAUUGGGAUAUUCGAGGUCCCGGUUUGACAGGAGUAGUGAAACAGGAUGGAACGUUAUUAAACGGAGAUAACUAUCAUUUGGAUGGCAGUGCCUAUGCAGCAAAGGAUCUCAAGGAUCUCAAAGGUCUCCACAAGCCUGAACUCCUGGGUGGUGACCUAAAACUGACCCAUGACAAUGGCUUAUCUGCAGUUUUAGGCGCAGACCAUGUUCGUGGCGGUCCUACCGAUCUCAAAGCAGGCCUCAACUAUGAUAUUUACCACGACAAACAAGUUGAUAUCGAUUUAGAUGCCAACUACAGGCAACAGUUUGGUGGACCUUUCGGUCCAGGGAAACCGGAGGCCGGAGUGUUUUUGACUGGAACUGCAAUAUGGUGAGAGAAGCCAUAGAGAUUUAGAUCAAUACUGAAAGACUGGUGAAAUAGUUGAACAAUACUUUUUAUCAGAUAUAGGCAAUAAAGUUAUUUUGUAUUGA